UCGAAAACCAUGGGGCCUUCACGAUCCAUCCCCUGCCUCGUCCUCCUCCUCGUCAUCGCCUCGUCCAGAGCCUCCGUCUUAGAGGACACGUGCAAAUCCUUCGCCGCCGGCCACCCGGGCAUCGGCUACGACUACUGCAUCAAGUUCUUCCAGGCCAGCAAGGACAGCGCCACCGCCGACAAGCGUGGCCUGGCCGUCAUCGCGUCGAAGCUCGCCGGAGCGGCGGCCAGCAGCAUCGUCGACCGCAUCCACGCCCUCGUGGCCUCGGAGAAGGACAAGCGCAUCCAGAUGGGCCUCGACGACUGUGAGCAAUUGUACUCGCAGGCCGUGGACGAGCUCGAUCGUGCGGCUAAAGGCGUCGCGGCGGGCACACCGCGAGGCAAAGCGGACGCGGCGGCGUACGUCAACGGCGCGUUGGGCGCCCCCCGCACCUGCGAGACCGGGUUCGAGGAGACGGGCGUGGAGUCGCCGCUCGUCGCCGAGGACUCCGAGUUCACCAAGGAGGUCUAUAUCACGCUCGAUAUAGUGCACUCGUUAUAA